AGGGUCAAUUAUUUAAAGCAAACAAGCCAACAAGAGGCGGCUCUGGUUCCAAGAGCCUAAUCUUUCCUACACCUUGUUUUAUAGAACCCUCAGAGCCAAGGAAACCUUAUCAAAGGAUUAAAACUUAUAUAAACCAAGAUCCCUUUAUUUACAACUCUGGUUCUCUGGAGGACAAGAAACUGAAACACAUAUGAGUAGAGUGUAAUUCAUAUUGGUUACUCAGAACGUAAUUUUAAAAGACAUCAGAAGAUCUUACAGUACGGAAGCAGCAGCAACUAGGGGUGGUGGUGGAUGCUAAGAUUUUUGUUUUCUCUAAAAGAAAGAACUAGGAAAUACCAAGAUUUAAAACUGAAAUACUUUGGAACACUCCGACGAACAACAUGGGAAAAACUGGUAGAAGAAUUGAAUCUCAUAGAAUAAGAUGUCUUUCCAGGCUGAAGAUGUUUCUGUUGGCAAUAACAUGUGCAUAUGUAUCCAAAACACUAUCUGGAUCUUAUAUGAAUUCCAUGCUCACACAAAUAGAGAGACAAUUCAACAUCCCAACAUCUCUAGUUGGAUUUAUUAAUGGCAGCUUUGAGAUUGGAAAUCUUUUGUUGAUUAUAUUUGUGAGUUAUUUUGGAAUGAAACUGCAUAGACCUAUAAUGAUUGGUGUUGGCUGUAUGGUUAUGGGCCUAGGGUGUUUCUUACAAUCUCUACCUCAUUUCCUCAUGGACCGAUAUGAAUAUGAAUCUACAGUUUCAGUUUCAGGCAAUCUGUCCUCAAACAGUUUCUUGUGUAUGGAGGAUAGAAUCCAGAUUUUCAGACCAACAGAAGAUCCAUCAGAAUGUGUGAAGGAAGCUAAAUCGUUAAUGUGGGUGUAUGUACUAGUAGGAAAUAUUAUACGUGGAAUUGGUGAAACUCCCAUCAUGCCUUUGGGUCUUUCCUACAUAGAAGAUUUUGCCAAAUCUGAAAACUCUCCUUUCUAUAUUGGGUUAAUAGAAACAGGAGCUAUCAUUGGUCCUUUGAUUGGACUUCUGCUAGCGUCAUUCUGUGCAAAUGUUUAUGUUGACACUGGAUUUGUGGAUACAGAUAAUCUGACCAUAACUCCCACUGACACUCGUUGGGUUGGUGCAUGGUGGUUUGGCUUUCUGAUUUGUGCAGCAGUGAAUGUGCUCACUGCCAUUCCUUUUUUCUUUUUGCCCAAAACGCUUCCGAAGGAAGGACUAGAGGAUGAUGCUGACAUCAUUAAAAAUGACAAAAAGGAGAAACAAGAAGAGGUCAAGAAGGAAAAGGCUGGAAUCACUAAAGAUUUUUUACCAUUCAUGAAAAGUCUUUUAUGCAACCCAAUUUACAUGCUUUUCAUAAUAAUAAGUGUGAUACAGUUCAAUGCAUUUGUUAAUAUGCUUUCCUUCAUGCCUAAAUAUAUGGAACAGCAAUAUGGAAGAUCAGCUUCAGAAGCAAUCUUUCUAAUUGGUGUUUAUAAUUUGCCUCCAAUAUGCAUUGGAUAUAUAGUUGGUGGUUUAAUUAUGAAGAAAUUCAAGAUCACUGUCAAACAAGCUGCCCACAUAGGAUGUUGGUUCUCUUUAACUGAGUACUUUCUCUAUUUUUUGUCUUUUCUCAUGAUUUGUGAUAAUUCUUCCAUUGCUGGCAUGACCACCUCUUAUAAGGGAACGCAACAAGAUUUACAUGCAGAAAAUGCCAUCCUUGCUGACUGCAACAUGGAUUGCAACUGCCCAACUAACAUAUGGGACCCUGUGUGUGGAAACAACGGUUUGUCGUAUAUGUCAGCUUGUCUUGCUGGUUGUGAUUCAUCUGUUGGACUAGGAAUAAACAUGGUGUUCCAAAAUUGUAGCUGCAUUCAGACAUCAGGAAAUUCAUCUGCAGUUCUUGGGCUGUGUGAUAAAGGACAUGACUGUUCCAUGAUGUUGCAGUACUUUUUAAUCUUAUCUGCGAUUGGCAGUUUCAUUUAUUCUUUAUCUGCCAUACCUGGAUAUAUGGUUCUGCUAAGGUGUAUCAAGCCUGAAGAGAAAUCUCUCGGUGUGGGAUUACAUGCAUUCUGCACAAGAGUAUUUGCUGGAAUUCCUGCACCCAUAUAUUUUGGAGCUUUAGUGGAUUAUACGUGUUUACACUGGGGAACUUUGAAAUGUGGUGAGUCAGGGGCAUGCAGGAUGUAUGAUUCCACCAACUUCAGAUACAUCUACCUCGGAUUGCCAGCAGCACUACGAGGAUCAAGCUAUAUUCCAGCUUUUUCGAUCCUAAUUCUUUUGAGGAAGCGUCAUCUACCUGGUGAAACUGCUCCUGCAGGAACUGUGCUUGUAGAGACAAAGUUUACAGGGAAGGAAAAUGAGUGCAAAGAUAUGCACCAAAAUUCCAAAGUUUUAAAUGACGAUGAGUUGAAAACUAAACUGUAAUGCUCUAUUAUAUUAUGCUUCCCAGAAUUGGAGAACACACUAAGCCUUAACCAUUUUAAAAAUCAACAGAGAUACUUCAGGUAAUUUUUUUUUUUUUUGGUCUUUAAGACCCUCAAAAAACUUGUUUUACUCAAGAUAAAACAAUCUUCACUGAUGGCCUUUCAGAGACAUCAAAGACACCUGGGAUUUUUCUGAGGGACAUUUAUAACAACCCUCAAAAGAGGAUAUUAGUUGCUUUUAUUUUUGUGUUAAAACAUCAAUUUCUCUUAUAACUGAUUCCAAACAAGGGUAUAUUUCCCAUAUCUUUUCCAGAUGAUUGUAAAAAUUUAUUAUUAUGAAAAUCUAUUACAUUCCACUGAAUUGCUGCUUUGAUAUUAAAGUUACAUAGAGUCUGAAAUUCUCAUCCUGCUUAUGUGAAUAUUUAAGUCUUUUAUUCAAAUUUAUCAGUUCAUAUGAAAGAAGCCUAUAGAUUCUUAUUCUGUUCAGGAAUUUUUCUUUAAAACUCCUUAUUUAGCCCAGACAUAACUCUUUUUAAAUAGAUUCCUCAUUAAUACGCCAUCACUUGCUUCUACUUUGUCCCCUGGUUUAUUACUCAUGUUACAUAUUUGCUCAUUUUGUUCAAAGUACUGACAAACGUAAUCAGGUUAUUAAAAAUCAU